AUGAAUGACUAUACAGAUCUUCCCGACUUUGACUCCUUGCCGCCGGUUGAGGGCAUGCCUCAAGGGUGCGCAUGGGGCAUCUUCGACAAAAAUGGCAAGAAGGAUCAUCUUGGCUGUCUGAAUCUGCUUACUCCGGCUGUCGUUGCGAGAGCUAUGGAAGAGGCGAGGGAGGGUGUCUCGGUGUCACUGAACUGGGAGAUGAACGCCAUACCCCAGCCGGCAUUCGGUCGUAAAGCGCUUGUUCACAAGGUGAUAUCCGAAAAGACUCGGCCGGACAAUAUUCAUGUCUUCGACGACGAGGUAGAGUACAACACUCAAUGCUCCUCGCAAUGGGACAGCCUUGUGCAUUACCAUCAUCAGCCUACUGCGACGGGCUACAAUGGCUGCCAACCAACAGUCACAUCGCUCGAGCAAUCAGCCGGUCAGGAGGACAAAAGUGGCGAUUUGCCCACACUACAACACUGGCAUAAACGGGGAGGUCUAGUCGGCCGUGGUGUCCUGCUUGACUACCAAGAGUAUGCUGCAGCAAAGGGCAUCAAGUACGACUGCUUCUCAGACCAUCGAAUCAGCAUUGAAGAGUUGGAAGCGAUUGCCGCACAUCAAGGUACCGAGUUCAAGCACGGCGAUAUUCUUUUGCUGAAGACGGGUUACACGGAAGCCCUCGACGAGGCUGGUGCCGAGCGGCAUCCUGAGAUCUUCAAGCAAGGGAAGGCUGUGGGCGUGGACAACACAGUAGAGGCUGCAAAGUGGUUCUGGAACAGGCAUUUUGCUGCUGUUGCCGGAGAUGCGAUGGCCUUUGAGGCUCUGCCACCUCGGAGAGCAGAUGGAAGCAUAGCUGGUAUUGAUGAAAUGGUGCUGCAUCCUUACUUUCUUGCUCUUUUCGGCCUCAAUAUCGGAGAACUGUGGGACCUGAGGGCUCUUGGACAAACGUGCAAGAAGCUUGGUCGCUACUCUUUCUUGUUAACAAGCGCUCCGUUGAACGUGGCAGGCUGUGUUGGCUCUCCACCAAACGCUCUUGCUUUGUUCUGA